AUUGGAGCUCUCAGUCAGUCUUGCCUGCCCCAAAUCCCAUAAACGAGAGAAAAGAGCUCCUAUCAAUGAAAACCCCUUAGAUAUAGAUAUAUUACCCCACCAACUUAGCUCCUCUGGCUCUCUCUCUAUAUUAAUACUUCCCCUCCCCCUCUCUAGUUUCUAUCCAGAGAGAGAAAGAGUGCGUGCUCUUCAUAGAGUAUCUCCAGUAGUACCAGAGAAGAAGGUAAGAUAUUUGCCAAGCACCACCACCAUGUGUAACCCAAACACCACUGCCACCAGCCCAACCACCACCACCACCACCACCACUACCACCGCCACCAACACGGCUGUGAUCGAGAAACCGGCAGAAUCACCCAAGACCCAGUUGUAUUGGACUCUGUUAUCUCUGUCCAACACCAUAAAGCCAGGCAACCCAGAAAAGCAACGGCAAUUCACAUACCCAACACUCCCAGAUAUCAUCAACGAAACAAAAUCCCUCUUCAACCUCUCCUUCCCCAUAGCUCUCACUGCUCUCCUCAUCUACUCACGCUCCAUCAUUUCCAUGCUCUUCCUAGGCCACCUAGGUGACAUGGAGCUCGCCGCUGGUUCUCUCGCCAUCGCUUUCGCCAACAUCACUGGCUACUCCAUCUUAUCCGGUCUUGCCCUCGGCAUGGAACCUCUCUGUGCGCAAGCCUUCGGUGCCCAACGCCCCAAGCUCCUAUCACUCACCCUCCACCGUUCCAUCAUCUUCCUUCUUGUCUCUUCACUACCCAUCUCCUUCCUCUGGUUUAACAUGUCCAGGAUUCUGCUAUGCCUACACCAAGACCCCAACAUCACACGUAUUGCUCACACGUAUCUUGUCUGCUCUCUCCCUGACCUUCUCACUAAUUCCUUCCUCCAUCCAAUCCGCAUUUAUCUUCGAUCACAAGGCAUCACCCAUCCGCUCACGUUAGCUUCCUGCGCUGGUUCCAUCCUUCAUAUACCAGCCAACCUCCUUCUCGUCUCCCACCUCCGCCUCGGCGUCACCGGGGUCGCCGCCGCUUCCGCCGCCUCCAAUUUCUUCGCGCUUUUGUUCCUCGUUUCCCACGUGUGGGCUUCUAAGUUGCACGUGCCGACUUGGGAGUCCCCGAGCUUAGAGUGUCUCACUGGCUGGGAGCCGCUUCUCCGGCUCGCUGCACCGAGUUGCGUCUCCGUAUGUCUAGAGUGGUGGUGGUAUGAGAUCAUGAUCGUUCUCUGCGGUCUCCUCACGAAUCCGACGGCGAAAGUGGCUUCCAUGGGGGUCCUCAUUCAAACAACGGCUCUGAUUUACGUGUUCCCAUCCUCACUAGGGUUUGCCGUGUCGACACGUGUUGGGAACGAGCUCGGCGCCAACCGUCCAGACAAGGCUAAGGCAUCAGCGUUUGUAGCCGUUUUACUAGCGGCUCUGAUGGGUUUAUCAGCGAUGGUUUUCGCAUCAGGGAUGAGAGAUAGGUGGGGCCGGAUGUUUACGGGGGAUGCUGAGAUCCUACGGCUGACGUCUUCUGUGCUUCCAAUCCUAGGGUUGUGCGAGCUAGGAAACUGUCCACAGACUGUGGGGUGUGGGGUGCUGAGAGGGACCGCGCGGCCCAGCACGGCGGCUAACGUUAACCUCAGCGCAUUUUAUCUGGUUGGGAUGCCCGUGGCAGUUGGACUUGGGCUUUGGCUUGGGAUUGGGUUUUGCGGGCUUUGGCUUGGGUUGCUCUCGGCUCAGGUGUGUUGUGCUGGGCUUAUGUUGUAUGUUGUGGGGACCACUGACUGGGAAGCCCAAGCCCUACGAGCUCAGUUACUAACCUGCGGAGGAUGCGUAGAAAAUCAUGGGAGUGAGGAGGAGGAGCCCUUGAUCUCAAUCAAAGUCACUCAAAUCUAGUAACUAUUUCUCUUUUAUUUAAGGCAUAAAAAACUGAAAAAUUGGAUAUAAGAGGAUCAAGCACAUGUAAUUACUUCCUUUUCUUUAUUUUUUCCCCCUUUUUUCCCCAAUUCUUUUUUGGGUUGGGUUGUGAAUUAUAGUUAAUUUUUUGUUCGGUGUAGAGAGGAAAAUAUUUUUUUUUCUUAUUUA